AUGAAACUCACCAUUGGCCUUACGGCGCUGACGGCCAUUUCUUCAAGCGCCUCUGCUCAGUACUCUGGUGACAUUGUGCAAUACUGGAUCGAUCAAUCUGCCAUCCUCGUCAAUGGAACCGUGAUAGGAGGGCUACCAUCGCCACCUUCUGGCUGGUUCGAGGCUAUUGUCCAGGGCGCUGUCUACCUCGCUGCCACGAAGAGCGUGAACGAAUCUCUCGCCUUCCAGCAACUCGCCGUCUCUCAUGCCGCCCAUGAUUCGCUGCACUGGACUUUCCACGGCACGCGGCUCUACCCGACUAUCGACUUGCGGUUCAGCACCAUCGCGAAGCAGAUUGGCAUCGACCUCAAGUCCGAUGAGGCCCUCCGCGCACGAGAUAUCGGCGAGUCCGCGGCCGUGACCGCCACUGUGGCUCGGGCCAACGAUGGCAUCCAUCAUUAUGUGGCCUACGAGCAGCAGCCUAAGGAGCCUGGCUUGUACCAGGGACGUCCAGGAGGUCUCGCCGUCCCAGACACUCCGCAAGCUCAGUUUCUACGUCCCUUUGGCGGUCUAGGGGACAUCUCCAAGUAUCGUGCCCCACCUCCGCCUGCUGCAGUUUCUCCCGAAUUUGAGGAGUUCUUAGUGCAAGUCUAUGAGCAGGGUGGCAACGAAUCUAGCCAGCGCACUGAGUACGACACCGAGACUGCGUGGUACUGGCUGGAGUCCAGCCCAAUCGGCUGGAAUCGGCUUGCCAACCUAGUCGUGGGCAAUAGCCUUGCCACCGAUGUGCUUGCGUCCGCCAAAUACUACUACAACGCCUGGCGUCCUAUCACCGCAAUCCGAUAUCCAGACAUCUACGCCGCCUCCGGUACAAAUUGCACAGAUCUCACCUGGACCCCGCUCCUGGAUCCCACGCCCAAUCACCAAGACUACCUCUCUACGCACGCCACUUUUGGUGCAGCUGCAGGCGCUAUCAUUCGUGCAUGGAACGGCGGCGAUGAGAUCGACGUCCAGCUGAGUAGCAACGUCACCCGCAUCGAAACGGUGAUUACGAGGCGGAUCACGAGUAUCGCGCACGCCGUCAAGGAGAAUGGCGACAGCAGAGUGUUUGGUGGGAUCCAUUUCCAGUAUGCGAGUGAUGUUGGGAAUGAGAUUGGUGAUUGGGUCGGGCGGGAUACUUGGGACAAGUUUGAUGAGCAUUGGGAUGAAUUCUAG